AUGGAGGCCCUAAUGGAGAAAGUACAUCAUCACAUCCAGGUAGAAGAAGAUAGCACCUACGCUAAAGCAAAAACUGGCACAAUAGCGAUGCCGGAUAGAAAGACUGCAGCAAAACUCAACACGGUUGAACAACCAAGCAAAAAUGGGCGAGGCAGACGAGCCAACAGGGAGGACCCCCAAGCAAGGAAGUUAAGAGUCCACACUGCCACUACCACGGUAUUCAAUAAACCUAUGUACCAGAUUCUUAGCGAGAUACGUGAUGAACCCUUCGUUCGGCGGCUAGCCAAGUUGGGAGAAACGCAGAAGGGCUACGAUGAGAGGUACCAUUGCACCUUCCAUGAUGAAAAGGGGCAUCGAACUGAAAACUGUACGCUAUUAAGGCAAUAUCUAGAGAAGCUAGUGGCCGCAGGCCACCUGGACCAAUAUAUUGAAUGGGAAACACAGUCAGCCCCCCCGGACCGCAAUAGGCCGGAUGGGAUGCCGGUCGACGGUCCGCCCCAAAGCGUAAUCAAUGUAAUACAUGGGAUCGUCGAACCUGAACAGGUAUCUGAACUCAGAGGGAUGAUAAAAAAGGAUGAGCACAUGAGAGAGGUACUAAGUGCACAACCUACCGUCAAAAGGGGAAAAACGGAGGCAACAAAUGUCAUCUCCUUUUCUGACAAGGACUGA